AUGAACCUGACAGAGUUUAACCAGUCUGAUCGCUGUGAGCAUUUCUCCUGUUCAGAGAGAUCUGUAUCUUCUGCAGUUUAUAUCUUACUGUACGUGUGUUCAGCUGCUGUGGUUCUGCUAACAGUCUGUGGAAAUCUGCUUGUCAUCAUCUCUGUUUUUCAAUUCAAGCAGCUUCACACACCGACCAACAUGCUUGUGCUCUCCCUGGCUGUCUCGGAUUUCCUUGUUGGUUCUUUUGUAAUGCCUCUAACGUUUAUUUGGACGAUUGAGUCAUGCUGGAUAAUCGGAAGAGGUUUCUGUAUCAGUUUUUUGGUAAUUAGUGGUUUUAUUAUAACCUCAUCAGUCUAUAACGUUGCUCUGAUCGCUGUGGACCGAUACUUGGCUCUCUCAAACCCAUUUCUCUACACAAGCACAAUUUCUUGGAGGGCUGUGUGCAUUGUGAUUUAUUCUAAUUGGUCCUUGUCUCUGCUGUAUAACACAGUCGUUUUUUGUUUUAAUGAAAGCUUCUCAAAUUCUGUAAUGUGUCCUGGAGAGUGUUAUUUUUUUGUGAAUGAGGUUUGGUCUGUAAUUGACCUUAUAUAUGUAUUUAUUUUUCCACUUUCUGUCAUAAUCAUAUUGUAUACUCGAAUUUUUGUGAUUGCUAAGAAACAUGCCACUGCUAUCAGAGAGCUUAAUAAUCACACACGACCAAACGCACAGAAAAAAAUCACCUCACACUCAAUGAAAUCUGAGAGAAAAGCUGCUAAAGUCCUCGGCAUUUUAGUGUCUGUGUUUUUGCUUUGUUUACUUCCAUAUUAUAUUUACAGUUUAUUAGGCAAUGUUAUUGCACUUCAGAUGGAAACUCUUCCUAAAUUGCUUAUUAUAAUUCAUCUUAAUUCCACAAUUAAUCCAUUUAUUUAUGCUCUGUUUUACCCGUGGUUUAGGAGGUGCAUUCAAUUAAUUAUAACCCUGCAAAUAUUUCAACCUGACUCUGCAUUAAUCAAUGUUUUUCUAUAA